CUGGAGUUUACAUUUUAUCUUUCAGAAAGGGUAGGAUGGAAGUGGAGUAGAAGGGAUAGUUCGUGAAAAUUCCGAUUAACGCCGAAGUUGGAUUUUUGCUUAUGUCAAAAUGGAACUUCAAAAUAGUCCAUGUAAUAGUCCGAAUGGAUCAAAUUCGAAAUCAAAUAAAAACUUCUUGAAAAUCAACUCUAACCUCGAAGUGUAUUUCAACCGCAUAUUUAAAACAAAGUUUUUUGGAUUGAAAUGCGGAAAAAUAAUACUCAAUCAUACAUGUGCAAACAAUGGAAUCCUCAGUGAAGAUUGUUUUAGGGUUUCAAUACCUUAUGCCAAUCAAAUUUUAACUUGGACUGUCUAUUUUAAUAUUAGAAAUCCUGAUCUAGGCCCAGAUUUUGAUUUUGAUGAUAAAUUCUUUUUGAAUGAUCCUGAUUUGGAUGAUUUUGAAAAAAAUGUGCCAAGUUUAAUGAACUGGGACUCUGAAGAUUCUAAUAGUUUAUUAAAAGUAAUUACUGAAUUAGUACUUUACUAUAAAAAGUACCAAGUAGAUUAUUUAUAUAAACAUGGAGGCCAUUUAGUCUACGAAUAUGACAACUUAUUAUCAAAAACGGAAAUUUGUGAUGAAGAUGUGGAAAUGAUCCUCUUACCUACUGUAAUUAAUCCUAGUGAAGUUCAUUUUCUUAUUCGAAUAGCUGUAGAUUUCUCUCGCUUACCAAAAAAAAGUUACUUGUGCAACUACGAUAUAAUUGUCUUACAUAUUAUGUAUCGUGGUAACAAUUGGAAUCGCAUUACGCCACAACUUUUAAUAUCGAAAAAUUUAGAAGAAAUUUUGGGUGAAUCAAAUAAUUUUCACUUACCUCCCGUCUCUACAGAAAGACAUUUAAUGGAUUAUGUACUCGAAAUAAAGAAACUUGUGAGUACUAAAAUAGAUUCGAUAAUAUUAAGUAGUAGAAAAAGAAAAGAAUUUGUUAAUACAGCACUGUGUCUUCAAGGAUCAAGUGUCGUUGAAUAUGAUAAUAUUGAAUUUAGCUUCAUUAGCUUUUUAUUGAAUCAUAAAGACUUUUAUUUUUUUCUUCAUUUUCAUUUAACUCCAAAUUUUCCAAUUCAACCCCCAAAGAUUACGUUACAAUCUUGUUAUCAUCUAGCAAAUAAAGAUGAACUGUACAAAACCACUUUAAGCAAUAAUUUUCCAUAUAAUCCGCUGUGGGAACCAGAACAAAUGUUCACGAAAAUUUUAAUAUACUUAAUUGAAAAUGAAAUUAGUACAUUCCAGACAAAUUCAAUAAAAAACAAGCGAACUUAAUUAAAAAUUGACUGGACAUAAACAAUAAAGUCAUUUUAAAGAGUAAAAAAUAAUUUAAACUAAUAUUGAUUGAAGUUUUUUAAUAAUUUAUCGAUUUGUUGUUUCAAUACGUAUGAUAAUAGUAUAUCUGAACUUGACUUGAAUAUCAUGAGACUUAUAAUCUAUAUUUAACUUUAAUAUUAACAUGUAUACUGUAUAAUUUUACAUUGAGCAUAAAGUAGCAUUUAUUUUUUUUUUGUUGAUUUUUAUUUGGAUUUCUAUGUACUACUUACGUUAUCCAAAUCAAUACAUAAAAUACAUGUGAGCAUUUUUAGGUGAAUAAUUAAAUAGUAAUUCAUUAAAAAUUUUUUUCUAUAUUUGACAAUUUUCAAUAUAA